CCCGAUACUGAUGUAACUUCCGAGUUGUUGUGAUCAGUCAGCAAAUCAGCGCGCUUCCCUGCCGGUGUGCCUCGCUGAUUGGAUGUAGGUGCUGUGUGGGCGGGGCCUGGACUGUUGCUAUGCUAGCUGCCGCCGGGUGGAAUAAGAUGGCGGCCUCGGAGCCGGGGUCCCGGGCUGGGGAGAUGCGCCAGGCCCGGCUACUGUGAGAGCAUGGAGGGGGCCGGCAGCAGCGCUGGCCUGUGGGAGCGGAGGAAGAGCCCGGGACACCCGGCUCGGGAGCAAUGUCCUGGGGUUAACAACAAGCCGUACGUGUGCGAGAGUGGCCACUGCUGCGGGGAGACCGGCUGCUGUACCUACUACUACGAGCUGUGGUGGUUCUGGCUCCUGUGGACUGUACUCAUCCUCCUGAGUUGUUGCUGUGCCUAUCGUCACCGUCGCGCCAAACUUCGCCUGCAACAUCAGCAAAGGCAGCGUGAGAUCAACCUUAUUGCGUACCAUCGUGCCUGCCACUAUCCUCCAUCUAUGCUAGACCUUAGGGUGUUGUCGUCCUUUAAGCUUCCAGCCUAUGAGGAGGUUGCAAACCGGCCCACAACCCCUCCUCCUCCAUACAGCUCCAUCCUUACCCAGCUGGGCCUGCCGUCUUCAUCACCCCCACCAGCCUCCCCUUCAGACCCUCCUUCCCUCACUCCCAGCUCUGAUCACUCCAGCACUUGCUCUUGUAGUUCCGGAUGCUUGCUGUCUCGAAGUAGCUCAUUCUCUGUCCAGGUGACAGAUGAGAUGGAGACCAGCCUGGGAAGUACAGCCAGUGAGGGAGGGAGCUGGGAACAGAGCCCAGAAGAGGAGGGGGCUUGUGGUAGUGACCAUACCCUUCACAAGCAUACAGCCUUUUCCUCCUACGUUGACAUUUUCGAUGGUCACCACUGCUGGGUCAUUGAGGAGGUUGAUGAAGAAGCUGAGGAAGAACAUUACAGACAGAGGAGAUUGACCGGGGACUCGGGGAUAGAGGUAUGUCUCUGCCAGGUGAACCGAGAUGAGGAUGGAGAAGACGCGGAACCGCUUCAUGACAAUCCAGACUGCGCACAACGGAGCAGGUCUGCAGAGACUCCGGUAGAAAAGGGAGACACUGAACCAAAUUCACCAGUCCAGCCAGUGUGAUGGAAGGAGCCUGGGAGGAGAGAGGUGUAAUCCAUCCAAUGAGGAAGCGGGGGGAAAGCAACAGAAUUACCUAAUUUCAAUGGAAGGGCUGAAUGAACCAGUCUAUGGGGGGUGCAGGGCAUAUGAACUACCCAGGUCAGCUGUAGAUAGGGGCGCUUAAAUUAGUCCAAAGGGAGGGGUAUGGGGUACAACUCAGUUUCACAGUCUAACCGUGGGGAGGAGCAUCUGCAUUUCCCAGUGGAAGAGAAGGCGUGAAGGGAGCACCGGAAGUAGCCGAUCAGGCCAUAUGAACUUCCCAGUUCAGCUGCACAUAGGACCAUUUGAGUCGCCCAGUCCAACCAAGACUCUGAAUGACCUGAUCCAUACAGUUCGUGUGAAUUGCCCAGUUCAUCAGAAGGAUCGGAGUAAUGGUUGGCGUGAGAGACUGGACCAGAGAAGAAGCUGAGACUGGACGGAAUAACACUUUGUCCCCUGGACAGAGCUCUGGCCACACCGGCGACUCACAGGAACUGUCAGAGAUGAACUCUGUGCUUUCAUUAGCUGGUGGUGUCUGGUGGCCCCUCGUCCCACCCUUGCGUGUCUGGGGCUUCUGCCGUCACUCCUUCAUUUGUUCUGCUUUGUAUGGCCAGUAACAGUGACAUAAACGCUUUCCGCGUGGUGGGAGUAUAUAUACCAUGGAGCGUGUGUUAGCACCAAAUAAAACCAUGUUUACAAUAAA